UCUCCCGCGCCAUCCUCGUCACGGCGCCGCGGGACAGCCAUGCCCGGCCGUCUGCUGCGGGGCCUGCGGCAGCGGUGGCGCCGUUACAAGUACCGCUUUGUGCCCUGGAUCGCGCUGAACCUCGGGCACAACCCAAGGACCCUCCGAUAUGUUCCAGAGGAAUCCAAAGACAAAGUUAUCUCAGAUGAAGAUGUCCUAGGAACAUUACUGAAAGUUUUCCAGGCUCUAUUCAUAAAUGAUUUCAAUAAACAAUCAGAUAUCUUGACUAUGCUUCCAGAACCUGUUAAAUCAAAAUACCAAGACCUACUGUCAGUUCAACAUCCAAGGGUGAAACUGCUUGAAUACAGACAUCAUCAGCAAAGUAUCUUUAAACCAGAAGAAAUUCUUUAUAAGACACUGGGUUUCAGUGUUGCCCAAGCAACUAGCUCAUUGAUUUCUGCUGGAAAAGGUGUCUUCGUUACUAAAGGAUUGGUACCAAAAGGCGCGGUUGUAUCUAUGUAUCCUGGUACAGUAUAUCAGAAAUAUGAGCCAAUCUUUUUCCAGUCCAUUGGAAAUCCAUUUAUUUUUAGAUGCUUGGAUGGGGUACUCAUUGAUGGAAAUGACAAAGGAAUAUCAAAAGUCGUGUUCAGAUCUUGCAAUGGGAGGGAUCGACUUGGCCCUUUAAAAAUGAGUGAUAGUACAUGGCUAACAUCAGAAUUUCAUAAUCCACUGGCUGUAGGACAAUAUGUCAACAAUUGUUCAAAUGACAGACCUGCUAAUGUCUGUUACCAGGAAUUUGAUGUACCUGCAGUUUUCCCUAUAGAACUGAAGCAGUAUCUUCCAAACAUUGCCUACAGCUUUGAUAAAGAAAGCCCACUUCGAUGCGUUGUUCUUGUCGCACUCAGGGACAUCAAACAAGGAGAAGAGCUUUUUUCAAAUUAUUAUACAAUUGUCAGCUGACUCUAUUAAAAAUUAGGUUUUUUAUUCAGCUAUUGCUAAGUAUAAAUGUUUUUUGUUAAUUAUUUCUGAGUUCCACCUAUAGAAGAAAUAUUUUGAGACCUAAUUGGAGUGGGAUGUUUUUUUUUUGAUAUUUGUUUCAAUUCCAUGAUAAAGCUAUUUGCUUCAUUCCAAUUUUAAAUGUGUAAUGCAAUUCCAAUUUUAUUUGGUUUUCGCCAAAAUACAGUUUAUUAAAUUAAAAAGUACUGCCUGAACUUAAAUUUCAAUGUUUUUUAUAUGUCUCUGGUGGUUUAUAUAAUUUUAGCAAGGUCAUCAGCAAUUCUUGUAUUGUUGAUGUAUAUGAACUUCUGUAAAAGCUUCAUUUUUGCAGAAUAAACUAAAUCCAAAAAUA